CCGCAGUUAGUACUUAUGCAGCUGCUACGCGGUCUGCUCCUUCUAUCAAGCCUACACAUACCUCGGACCCUUUCGUCAUUGCCCACCUGCCCUUCGCAUCUUUUCUUAUUGACACAGAAAGCCUCUGCGCUUGGAUUCUGUCCAUCGAGAACCAUCAUGUCUACCGAUCCGCAAGACCAGCCCGGCACGUCCGAAUGGCUCAGCAAACAACUCACCACUCUGCUUAACUCCCCCCACAUCCACUUCACGCAGCCCAAAAUCCCGGGCCUGCAGAUUCGGAUGGGUCCAGGGCCCAUCGAUCUGUUCAGCACGCGUUUCGCUAACAUGUUCACGACAGACGUGUCAGGCGUGCUUGGCGGUCAGGAGGUGGACAGAGACGGUUUGAAGCAGGGGUUACUGGCCCUGCAGAAGAAGCUGAACAAAGAUAGUGUGCAGAGUCAGGAGGCGCAGAGUGCUGAAGGAUACCAGGCGAGCAGGACUUGGGAAAGUCCUUUGUGAGGACUUCGCUGACCAUCUUGGCUUUGUAGACUGCGACCACGAUGUUCUUCACGGCCAAGGAUAGUGGCACUCAGAUUGAGGUCUCUGCCUCUGCAUCGUAUGUUCUCU